AUGAGGGUAUGCAAAAAGGAUGAUAAUAAAAAGGAGAAUGAUGAUAAUGAUAAAAGGAGUAUAAUGGUUUGUUCAAUGAGUUUGGGUGAAAUAUUUAGGGAUGAAGUUAAACUUAAUAACUUACCCGAAACAAAUGGUGAAAUAAAUUCAAUCGAAGAUGUUGGAUCAAAGGAUGAUCUUAAAAUGAAAAUGGUGAUUGGUAAUGAUGUAAUCAACAAUGUAAAAACUGUUGAACAAGCAAUGAAUAGAAUAAUAAUGAUCAAGCCUACAAUUGUAAAUAAUGGAAUGACAUUAAGAAGAGGAAUAAGUUAUGCAAAGCUGAUCAGAUAUGAUCAUGAAGCUAAAUCUGGGGGGAAUCGACUGAAAGCGCAAAAAUCUUGUAGUAAUGUAAAUUCUGAAUGGAUAUUGAACUUGUUGGAUCAAGUUAGAAAAAGAAGAUUCUACGAUUGUAUAUAUUUAAAUUAUAUGAUCGGCUGCGAUGGUGUGAAGCAUGCGAUAUUUGGAAAUCGAAUCGACAUGUGUUUGGGCUUAAAACAUUAG